ACGGUCGACGGCUCCAAGUUCCGAUGUGACCUCCGAAUCUAUCAACGAGGUUCGAGCAGCUCCGAGGUAGUCACUGAUCGCGGACUCGUUUCACGCCAAAAGAUCUCUACGUGUUCAGGCAAGCUCAGAAAAUGCCGCUGUUCGGAAAGUCGAGCAAGAAUCCGGUCGAGGUAGUGAAAUCUCUCAAGGAAUCUGUCAACGCCUUGGAGAAAGUGGACAAAAAAGCCGAAAAAGAACAGCUGCCAAACACCCUCAUGAAGGCAUUGAAGGCGCAGGAGGACGUCUCGAAAAAUCUCUGUCUCAUGAGGAAUUUCAUCUACGGUCUCGGCAACGGAGACGCCCAUUCAGAUCCCCAGGUCGCAAAGUUGUCCCAGGAACUCUACAGUUCACAUCUCCUACUACUCCUUGUUCAGAACUUAUCGAAGAUAGACUUCGAGGGCCGCAAAGAUGUCGUCCACAUUUUCAACUCGGUACUGAGGCAUCGAGCCGGCGAACGCUACCCCACCGUGGAAUACAUAUACCUCAAGCCUCAGAUCCUCUUCAUUCUCUUGAGCGGCUACGAGAAGCCGGAUAUCGCGCUGAACUGCGGGAGUAUGUUGAGGGAGUGUGCUCGCAGCGAGAGCUUGGCGAAGGUGGUACUCUAUUCGGACGAUUUCUACAAUCUGUUCAAGUACAUAGAAACCUCGUCGGCAGAAAUCUCGGCCGAUGCCUUCGCAACGUUCAAGGAGCUGCUCACAAAACACAAACCCAUGGUGGCCGAAUUCCUCGACGCUAAUUACGACCGAACAUUCACACAUUACCGCGCCUUGUUGAACAGUGAGAACUAUGUGACUCUGCGAUUCUCGCUGAAACUCUUGGGUGAACUUCUCCUCGAUCGCCACAACUUCAACGUUAUGACGAGGUACAUCUCGAACGUGGAGAAUCUCAAGCUGAUGAUGAACUUGUUGAAAGACAAGUCACGACAUAUCCGCAUCGAAGCAUUCCAUGUAUUCAAAAUAUUCGUGGCGAAUCCGCAUAAGCCAAACGCGAUCCUGGACAUUCUGGUUCGAAACAAAGACAAGCUCGCCGACUUCUUGAGCAGGUUCCAAUUAGCUGACGAGGCCGACUCGAAUCUGGCAGAGCAGUUCAACGAUGAGAAGGCUUACGUGGUCAAACAGAUCAGGGAGCUGAAGAUGAUUCCUCUAGGGGCACAAGGAAUGCCUUCGAUGAACCAGGGACCGCCAUUGCCUCCUCCGAAUCCGAUUUGUUCGAAUCCCAAAGACUGAGUGAGACAGAGCUCUGUGACCCGAGCAGAAAGGACUUCGCUCCGUCGGCAGGAAUCGAAUUGCAGCCGUCGACUGUUCUUGUUGAUUUUCCUGUUGCGCACGCGGAGAAACAUGAGUACACACAACUCUGAGUCGGACGAAAUUUCGAAGCGACAAUGUCGAUUAUUUUGUCUUGUUUCGAAGCCGGGGAGAAUCCCUCUAACUCCGAAUUCGUCGUUGCGUCGGGAUUUUGCCAGCCGGCAGUUGUCGUGUUCUUCGAUUCUAUUGAUCUU